UCAUCAUCAUCACCAUGCCCAGCAGCAACGGCACCAUCAACGGCCUCAUCGCCGACUCCAAGAGAAUGGGAAGAAGGGGAUCAAAGGGAGCUGUACCAGUAGAGAAGCCGCCAGCGUAUGAGCCCAACAUCCCUGAGCCCAAGACGAGAGCUGACUUGCUGAAAUACUGGGCGCCAGUGUCGCUGGACGAGAGAACGGCUCAGAAAAUGCUGUGGAUUUCCGAGGGAGGCCAAAAGGUGUCCCGCAUGUCCGACGAGACGUGCCCUUACCUGGACAGACCAGAGAGAUACGAGCACUCCCCCCAGGCACUGUGCAAAGAGGGCAUCCAGGGCUGGCGGGGCUACUGGGAGGUGGAGUGCGACGGCUGGGUGGUGGUGGGCGCGGCGCUGGAGAGCAGCGGGCGCAAGACCAAGGACGGCCCCUGCGGCCUGGGCGAGAACGAGGCCUCCUGGGGCGCUGGCUGGGCCGGCUCCUGCUACCACGUGUGGCACAACGGCGACAACAAGGUGAUCCAGGGCAACUUCAGCAACACCAUGGGCGUCUACGUGGACCAGCCGGAGGGCAUCAUCAAGUUCUUCAUGGUGGAGACCCACGCGGAGGGCCACAAGGAGGUGCAACUGCUGCACGAGUUCAAGACCACCUUGAGCGAGAAGGUGUUCCCAGGCUUCUGGGUGGGGAGGCAGUCCUACUGCUGGAUCUCCAAGAAAGACUAAGGAGCAGGAUAGGGAGGAGGAAAAGGGAGGACAGGUAGAGCAAGCUAGAGGGAUAUGGCAAUGUAGCAAAGCUUAUGACAGCAACACGAGGAGAGGAUGUUUUUUGGGUCAAAGAUACAAUAGGCAGCCUUUCCUGCUACUGGCGUUGAAGUUAAAAGCCACAAUGAACUAGGUAACAUUGUUUGUGAAGAAAUGGUUUCCAUAAAUGACCUGCAUAGUUUAACCAGUUCAGACGCUGAAACAUGCCUGAUAGAAAUGGAAAGUCCUCACUUGAUUUUUUCUUCUUCUUGACGCACAAUCACAUUGCUGCCUAUUGCACCUUUAAGCAUUGGCGUGGUCGUGGGUGACCGUUAGUCCAAUAAAGAAAAAGGAGCAGGAUCCUUUAAAGGGUAAAGUUAAAUAUAUGGUAAGAGAGGAUUACUUACUCAUCUCAUAUGUUUCAGUCAUUCAUGUCCACAAAAUCUGUCAGUCACUUUGCUGUCAGUCCCCUAUCCAUAUAUUUAUAUAUUUUUUAAAUGUAGGGAGUGAUUGUCUGUAAAAUAACUUAAAAUGGCAUUUAUGAUAGAAUGUCAUGUGUAGCAUUUCUAGUGGCAAGUUAUUGUCUAUAUGUUACUUGAUAAGUAGUAAUACAUUACUAGGUCGUAAUAAGUCGUAAUUGUAUCUAUAGUAAGAGGUUUAUUUGAAGUUAUGAAUGAUUUUGAAUGAUUUUGUUUCUGGGGCCUAUAUUUCUUUUAU